AUGGCUUACGAGUCUCCCAAGCUUACUCCCGAGGUCUUCGAGGCCCGAGGAGACUUGUGUGUUCAGUUGACCCACCGGUAUAUAGAGCUUAGCCGCGAGGUCUACAGACCGGAGAUCAGAGACUCGCCGAUCACACACCGGCUGGGCCUAGUCGAUUUUGAUCUUCUUAGAUUCUUGGGGCUAUGUGUGUACGUUCUGAGACAAUCUCGCAAUAUGGAUCACCGGCCCAGCCACCUCUUUCUCGCCCAGCUCGAGGUGGUGUCAGUGACCUGGGCCCGGUUUAGUCCGAUGUAUGAUGAGAUGCGUGCUGAGCGACUACGGAAUGUUGCAGACACCGACAGCUGGGUCGCCGAGUUCGGGCCCGAGAUUCUGCCUGCGCUGGAGAGAGAGCGGCUUCCGGGCUAUUGUUCCUCUCGACUGGUCAUCCUGCAGGAUGCCACUGUGCAGCGCAUUGUCCGCGGAAUCGUGCAGCAUCGCUCGGGGAGAGCCAUGGAGGGCCUCUCGAGUGGUGCAGGAUCCAGUGUGGCUACGCCUUCCAUUCCCAAUGCGUGA